ACAACAGGUCAUCGAGUAGUGAAUUUUUAGGGAUAAGAAAGGCUCCGCCGAAAAGUGCCACAAUUACGAGCCCUGUAACUCCGCCUCCACCGGUUGUCACCACCAUUCAAGGGCCCCCAACUCGUCCGUCACCCCUAUCCGGACGUGCAAUACUUUCCAUUCUUCUUUCUUCUUCUUCAUGUUCAGAUCUAUCCUCACCACCUCUCGUCCCCUCGUUAGACAACCUCUUCGUCAAUUUACUACCACAGCUAUCAAAAUGGGCGUUACUGUUGAGAACAUUUCCGCCGGUGACGGCAAGACCUUCCCCCAGCCUGGAGACAGUGUCACUAUCCACUACGUUGGCACUCUUCUUGACGGUUCCAAGUUUGACUCUUCUCGAGACCGUGGAACCCCCUUCGUCUGCCGAAUUGGUCAGGGCCAAGUGAUCAGGGGUUGGGACGAGGGUGUUCCUCAGCUCUCCAUCGGCCAGAAGGCUAACCUCAUCUGCACCCCUGACUACGCCUACGGUGCUCGAGGUUUCCCCCCUGUUAUCCCCCCUAACUCUACCCUGAAGUUCGAGGUUGAGCUCCUCAAGAUCAACUAAACUUAUUGUGCAAAUUAGUAGAUGGUCUUAAAGUUAGGAAAUCUAAAUGAUAGUGAAAGAAGAAUUAAGUAGACGAUGAGAUCGACGGUAUGGCGAAC